UGACAAAUGACAGUUAUUGUGCCGAGAAGACGGUAGUUUAUUCCAAUUUGCUUUGUCCGGCUUUUGUGUAAAAUCAUUGUUAUUACAAUAAUUAUAAACAAGGCAGUUUCGUUGUCGGAAAAUAACUUUCACGCAUAACGUCUUAUAAUGCAGAGUGUAAUAAACACAGUAAAAGGAACCGCCCUGGGUGUUGCGGGAUAUUUGACGCCUGUUCUCAAGGAAUCCAAGUUUCAAGAGACUGGUGUAUUGACUCCAGAAGAAUUUGUAGCAGCAGGUGAUCACUUGGUUCAUCACUGCCCCACCUGGCAGUGGGCCAAGGGUGAGGAGUCCAAGAUUCGAUCAUACUUACCACCAGAUAAGCAGUUCCUCAUUACCAGGAAUGUACCAUGCUAUAGACGUUGCAAACAAAUAGAAUACUGUGAAGACAAUGAGAAGGUCAUAGAAGAUGAACAUGAUGAGGAUGGUGGUUGGGUGGACACACAUCAUUACGAGUCCUCCGGCUUACCCGCCGUUGAAGAGAAGGUGUGCGAGAUGACGCUGGAGGCGGCGGAGACGGGCGACAGCGACGGCUCGGCGGGCGGCGAGCGCGACGACGACGACGCCGACGACGACGACGAGGCCGAGGACAUGGAGCGCUUCCAGGAGUCCGGCCUGCUGGACGAGGUGGACCCGUCAACAGCGUUAACGACUCGCAAGGAACCGAAGGAGAAGAAGCAGAAAUCUGACGGCGAUGAGAUCAUCAAGACUCGAACCUACGACCUCCAUAUCACUUACGACAAGUACUACCAGACUCCGCGCCUGUGGCUCAUCGGAUAUGAUGAGGAGCGGCGGCUGCUGGGCGUGGAGGCGAUGUACGAGGACGUGUCGCAGGACCACGCCAAGAAGACCGUCACCAUGGAGUCGCACCCGCACGUGUCGGGGCCCAGCAUGGCCUCCGUGCAUCCUUGCAGACACGCGGAGGUGAUGAAGAAGAUCAUCGAGACGGUGACGGAGAGCGGCGGCGAGCUGGGCGUGCACGCCUACCUCAUCGUGUUCCUCAAGUUCGUGCAGACCGUCAUCCCCACCGUCGAGUACGACUUCACGCAGAACGUCAACAUCAACUAGCCCACGACGUGUCGGAUUGCAUGCGAUAGCAAAUAAAUAUGAGCUUAGUUCGUCCGCCGUGACGUUUCCGAUGUCCUUUACUGUGUUUGUUAUAUAUAUUUUAAACGUUUACGGCUUUACCUGUAAACGGUGUUCAUGGGGUGGCAGGUUAAGCGAUGCUGUCUUUCGACGGUCAAAUCGAUGGGAUCGUAAAGUGAAACUCGAUGCUUAAUUAAACUCCCAUUAACUGCCUUUAUGAGUACGGCCGUUAUAAAAUAUGCGAUUGAUCACUGAACAAAAUCAUCAUGCUCAAAAUAUCAGUACAACCUGGAAUUACAAUUUACAAACAGUAAUCAUAGUUUUACACCGAUAUUAUUCGUUUUGUUAUUUAAAAAUCGAAAUGUCAUAUCAUGUAUAUUCAAUUCGACGGAUAAAUUUUAGUACAUGUUUAAAAAAACAAGUCGGAAUAAAUCUUGAAUACGAUUUAUUAUAGAACAUGCAUUUUUUGUAUACGUUUAAUUAAUUUUCGGGCAUUGUUAUCUUUAUUUUGUAAGAAUGUAUUCGUAUUUAACGUAAUUAAGAAGCCACUUCUUUACAUUUGUAGCGAAACAUUGUUGUAUUUUUUCGUUAAUCUGCAAUGAAUUCUAGUUAUUUAGAUCUUAUGAAAUUGUAACGAUAGCUUCACGUGUGCCAUCACUUCGCCUAUUUUGUCGUCAUCGUUUAAUCUACGAACAGCACAAUAAUUAGAAUUACUCUUAACACAAUGCUAAGUAUUUUUUAUGACGUCUAUAGGCGUUUAAUCUCCCAGAAGUUUUUAAAUGAGAAUAAUUGUCUCAAUAAUCCAAUUAGCGUUAAUUUUAUGUGUGUUCUUAAUUGGUGUGCUUAGUGUGGUGCUUGGUUUCGAACGCUCACUAGGGGUCGUUGAAACGUGCCAUUGACGACCAGUUGGGAGUGGAAUUAUUGCUUAAAGUAAUUUCUAAACUUCAAUUUAUUGCUCAGCGAGGAAUUUGAAAUUUAGAAUGUAAGCAAUAAUACAGAAGAAUAUGAUUUGGUUCGAUUCUAAUGUUGGUAAUUAAAAGCUUACUCAUACAACAGUGCAAAUUAUCUAAAUUUAACUUUAAUUUAUAGGAUUUACGAGAGCUUUAUGUACGACAUAAAAGUUAAUUCACUACACAAUAACUUUGGCAAAAAAUACUAAAGUUGUGAUGUAUAAAUUUGAUAGAAAUGCUAUUUCUAUGAUAUCAGCAAUCACAAUAAUGUUAUCCUUACGAGAGCAAAUAGUAGUAUGAUUAUAUAAAUACAACUUGCAAAAACGAAAAUUCCAUACUGCCGACAUAUUGUAAUUUAUUUAAGAAUAUAACGAUAGCUACUGUAUGAAUUACCAAAUACGUUCAGGCAUUUAAGUUAUGUUUGAAUAAAUAAACUAGCAUACAUGAACCCUGACAACAUUACGUUCCGUUUUUGGACACUAAAAAAAUCACCUAUUAUAAUUUUAAGGAUAUAUUUUUAAACUCCAUUUUAAAAUUACGGUUACACGGACGUUUCCUGUAUAAUCUUAAUAAAGCGUGUGAAAUUUUCUAUAUUUUAAAUAUCGAUGUAUAAACGAGCUCUUCGAGGCUAACGUUUAGAUAAUAAUCCAUUUUAAAUAUGUAAAUAUAUAUAUUUUGUUAAACAAUAGUUGGUUUAUAUAAAGAUGUCGAAAAUUGGUGAAAUUGAAGAGGAUUAAAAAAAAAAAUUAACAACCAAUAUUUUGCCGUUAUUAAUGUUGCUAGUGUAAGUUGUCAAGCAUAUUAUGUUGAUAUUAAAAUAUUCUUUAUAGCUAUGUAAAUAGGUUACAAAUUCAUAUUUGCUUAAUAUUAUAUGAAUUGAAGUUAGCGAUAGGCAUAGCGCGAGAGUGCGCGUCGUUGUUAGUUUUUUUUUAAAUAAAUUAUUUUGCUGCUA